UGUGUAUAAAUAUUCACUUGCACGUUUUGACGCGUUUUAGGAGUGUGGGGUCUAGUUGUACCGUCAACAACCCAAACAGUGCCACAUAUUGUGCUAGUCCAUUACUGUGAUCCUCUUGAAAACAGACACAUCCUUCAGUAGGUGUGAGCAGUUGCAAGUGUCCGGGGGGAGGUUGCGUGUCCGGGAAGCCGUGACUCGGCGAGCAGGUGACCACCCGCGGUCGGAGGGAGCCCCACAGCAGAGUAGGAGGAGGAGGAGGAGGAGAUGCUGCUGGGGGUGGGUCUGGUGGCGGCGACGGCGGCGCUCAAGACGUCGCUGUGGCUGGUGCCGCUGCUGGUGGCCGGCGUGCUGUACUACCGCUACGACGCUCUCGACCCCGAGUCCAAGGUGGUGGAGGCGCGCCGCCUCCAGCCGCACUACGACUUCAUCGUCGUCGGGGGCGGCUCGGCGGGCGCCGUCGUGGCCAGCAGGCUCUCAGAGGUGCGGCGGUGGUCGGUGCUGCUGCUGGAGGCUGGAGGGGACGAGAACGAGGUGUCGGACGUGCCGUCGCUGGCGGCCUACCUGCAGCUCAGCGGCCUCGACUGGCAGUACAAGACGGAGCCCUCGGGGACCGCCUGUCUGGGCAUGCGCGGCGGCCGCUGCAACUGGCCGCGCGGAAAGGUUCUGGGCGGCUCCAGCGUGCUCAACUACAUGAUCUACGCGCGCGGCAACCGGCACGACUACGACACGUGGGAGGCGCUGGGCAACCCGGGCUGGGGCUACCGCCACGUGCUGCCCUACUUCCGGAAGUCGGAGGACCAGCGCAACCCCUACCUGGCGCGCAACUCGCGCUACCACGCCACGGGCGGACUGCUCACCGUGCAGGAGUCGCCGUGGCACACGCCGCUGGCGCUGGCGUUCGUGCAGGCGGGCCAGCAGCUGGGCUACGAACACCGCGACUGCAACGGCGAGCGCCAGACGGGCUUCAUGGUCGCGCAGGGCACCAUCCGGCGCGGCUCCCGCUGCUCCACGGCCAAGGCCUUCCUGCGGCCCGUGCGGCUGCGCCACAACCUGCACGUGGCCCUCCGGGCGCACGCCACGCGGCUGCUCGUCCACCCCCACACCGCCGCCGCCUACGGCGUCGAGUUCGUCCGAGACGGCGUCCGGCAGGCGGUGCUGGCGCGGCGCGAGGUGGUGGUGUCCGCGGGCGCCAUCAACAGCCCGCAGCUGCUGAUGCUGUCCGGCAUCGGGCCGGCGGAGCACCUGCGCGAGCUGGGCAUCCCCGUGGUGCGCGACCUCAAGGUGGGCCACAACCUGCAGGACCACGUGGGCCUCGGCGGACUCACCUUCCUCAUCGACGAGCCCGUCGCCAUCGUCCAGAACAGGCUGCAGGCGGUGCCGGUGACCAUGAACUACGUGCUGAACGAGCGCGGGCCCAUGACCACGCUGGGCGGCCUGGAGGCCAUCGCGUUCGUCAAGACGCCGCUGGCCAACGCCUCCGCCGACUGGCCGGACAUCCAGUUCCACUUCGCGCCCGCCUCCAUCAACUCGGACGGCGGCGCCAGAGUGCGGAAGGUGCUGGGGCUGACGGAGCGCGUGUACGACGCGGUGUACCGGCCGAUCGCGAACCGCGACGCCUUCAGCAUCCUGCCGCUGCUGCUGCGGCCGCGGUCGCGCGGCCGGGUGCGCCUGCGCUCGGCCGACCCGCGCCACUACCCGCUCAUCGACGCCAACUACUUCGCCGACCCGCACGACGUCGCGACGCUCGUCGAGGGCGUCAAGAUGGCCGUGCGCACCGGCCUGGCGCCCGCCUUCCGCCGCUACGGCGCGCGCCUCCACUCGCUGCCGCUGCCCAACUGCCGCCACCACGAGUUCGCAUCGGACGCGUACUGGGAGUGUGCGGUGCGGACCAUCUCGAUGACCAUCUACCACCCGGUGGGCACGUGCAAGAUGGGGCCCGCCUCCGACCCGGAGGCCGUGGUGGACGCGCGCCUGCGCGUCUACGGGGUGCGCGGGCUGCGCGUCGUCGACGCCUCCGUCAUGCCGACCAUCGCCAGCGGCAACACCAACGCGCCAGUCAUCAUGAUCGCCGAGAAGGCCGCCGACAUGAUCAAGCAGGACUGGCUGCUGCUGCCGCCGCCGCCGCCGCCCCCUGACCCCGGCAAGAGGAGGUAGCGCGGCCACUGUGCGGCCUCACUGCACGCGUGGAGGCAGGGCAGGGCGGCGUCCUCUGCCCCGCGUCGAUGGCCCGAGCUCACACUCGCUGCAGCUGGAUCUUAGGCUGAAGAACCUCUGU